AUGAAGUCUCUUGAUUCUUUUGCUAAAAUGUCCGGUUUGUUUCCAAGUGUUCAGAAGAGUACAGUUUAUUUCUCGAAUGUGCCAUCUUAUGUGAAGACUGCUAUUUUGAACCUUAUGCCUUUUAAGGAAGGUUGUUUGCCGGUGAAAUAUUUGGGUGUGCCUCUUAUAUCCUCGCGGCUUCUUUACAAAGAUUGUCAAAUCUUGGUGGAGAAGCUGGACAAACGUAUUAUGCAUUGGAGGAAUAAGUUACUCUCUUUUGCAGGCAGGUUGCAACUUAUUAUCUCUGUUCUGUCUUCUUUACAUAUCUACUGGUCGUCUGUAUUUAUGUUGCCGAACCGAGUGAUUGUUAAUUUGGAGGCUUUGAUGCGGAACUUUUUAUGGUCCCAUGAUAGUGCUUUUCAGAAAGGUCGGGCGAAAGUUUUGUGGAAAACGGUUUGUGUUCCUAAGCAUGAGGGUGGGUUAGGUAUUCGUCGGAUAGGAGACGUUAAUAUUGCUCUUAUGGCAACGCAUACUUGGAGUAUCCUUACGAACCGUCGGUCCUUGUGGGUUGAGUGGGUUCACGCGUACAGGUUAAGGGGCAAAAGUUUUUGGGCUUGCAAGGUUCCGUCUACUUGCUGUUGGUCUUGGAGAAAAAUUCUUCAGCUUCGUCCUAUUUUGAGAAACUUUAUAUGGUCCGAAAUUGGUAAUGGUUUAAACACCUCAGCUUGGUUUGAUACUUGGAGCGAGCUAGGGCCUCUCGUGCAGAUUUUUUCUCCUCGGCUCAUCGCUAAUGCGGGGUUUGACAUGAACUCUAAAGUGUCCGAUGUUUAUUCUGAUAACUUAUGGAGGUGUCCAGAUGCGUGGAGGGAUAUUUACCCGGUUCUAAAUCAGCUUGAUCGGUUGUCAUUGGAUCCGAACAAGUCUGAUAAACUUAUGUGGCGCCAUGGUGAUGAUAAACAUGAGUUUUCUUCCACUCGAGCUUGGGAUUCAGUUAGGCAUCAAGAAGAGCAGGUUAUGGUUAGGCAUAAGGUUGGCAUGGAUUUGGUUCAGCCGAAGUGGGAUGAAGUUGUUAAGUGGUUGUGUGAUCGUGCCAAGUCGAAAUCCGUCAAUGACUAUGUUGCGAGACUGUUAGUGGCGGCUAGUGCUUAUUUCAUUUGGCAGGAGCGUAACGCUAGAUUAUUCAAGAAUCAAUUGCGGCCUCCGGAAUCUAUUAGUGAACUUAUUACUCAACAAGUGCGGUAUAAACUGAUGGGAGCGAAGCUGAAGGAUUGUGCCAAUGUUCGAAGGUUGCUAGGGGAUUGGGAGAUCAAGGGUUCCGAUAUGCAAUAUGAUGAUCGCCUAGAGAAACUGAAGGAGAAACGAGCUGCAAAAGAACAACAAGAAAUGAAGGCUGGAAGUGUUGUUCAAAAUGAGGAAGCUGAAAGUGUUGCUGAGGACAUGGUUGAGACUGAACAAGUUAGUGAAGCAGAAAAGGUGACCGGAACUGAGAAAGUGAUCGAAGUUGAAAAGAUCAUAGAAGUUGAAAAGAUUAUAGAGGUUGUCAAGCCUUGCUUGAAGUGUUUGGAACCUUACAAAGAUUGUGCAGUCAAAGAUGAGAAGCUGGCUGAGUAUGGAAGCUUUUCAGGAUGA